AUGGUGCGGCCUAGCUUGUCCAGUCUUUUCUGUCUGUCGCACAAGUUGUUGAAGGCCCAUGCCCCCUCCAUUGAUGGUGAGUGGGAGGACAAUGAUGGUACCGUGGUCAUCAUCAAGAACCGACGCAUCCGCGGCCCAGAUGGAGUCGAAGUGGAGGUGACUUUCCCUCGGCCGGAUGCGGUCGUGUUCACGCCCAGCCCCGGUGCUCCGAGCUUUGAGGGCAAGCUUACGGCUUCCGACAGGAUCUCCUGGGAUGAUGGUGCCUCCUGGGUCAGACGGCCCUUGUCGGCCAAAGCGCAAACAGAUCAAAACGGCAGUCGCGCAAAUGCAGCAUCCAACAAAGCCGCCGGAACUCCUGUGCACCAAACAAAGACUUUGGGCGAAAAGGAGAAUCUGGCCACGAAGGCGGCAGUUCCGGAGAAGCCAAACAGCAAGCUUCGUGACAGCAGCAGCUCCGCUCCCCUACAAAGCAAGCUCCCGAGGGCCGAGCCCUUGAAGUCCACUGCCCGGAUCCCGCGGGUCGACGACUCAGCAGGCACAAGUAAGCCCUCUUCGGGCUACAGCUCUUCGCGGCCGCCCACGACAGACAAGAAGGUCGCCACGAACAGCAGUGGCGAAGCUAGCCGCGAUUCAGCUUGGCACUACGAGCGCUUCGAGGUGACGAAACCCAUCGUCUUCGUCCGCGAAAGCCCAGGCCUGAACACGGCGAAGGUUGCCCAGGUGACACGAGGCUGCGUUGUCUCCGGACGGGUGCAAGACACAGGGUGGCUCUGCUUGGAUCAAGACAGCCGUGCAUCCGCAAAUGUGCCGGAGCAUGCCAAGGGCGCGUACAUGCUCAUUGAUGGCAGAAAUCAUGGGCUUGGCAUACUCCUGGAGUCGCGCGGCUGUCAAGGCAGCUCCAAGGGCUCCUUCGCUUCGCCCCUCGAGUUUCUUGCGUUGAGAAACCUCCAAGUGAGAGCCCGGCCGAGCCUCAGUUCUCCUUCGACUGGGCAUGUGGCUGAAGGCUCAAAGGUGCAGGGUUAUCCUGGUGCUGAAUCCUGGCUGGAGUUGGAGGGUGGUGGCUUCUUGCCGAUCGUGGACAAGACCGCCUCCGCCAAUUCCGAAAGCCAGGACUGCUUGCAGCUGCAGGGCGCGCUCCAAGCAGUGGUGCCACAGACAUUUGCAGAGGCCGUCGUUGCCAGGUGGGAGCCGCUCCCGGCAGCUGCAGCAACACGAGUCGAGUACAGCCUGGAGUGGCAAGAUGCCCAAGAGCCGGAACGCCAUGGUCGUGUCAGCUUCUCCAGGAAGUGCCAGGCACAUGUUCGGUCUCUCCCACCUUCCACAACGAUUCAGCUUCGAGUCGUGUCUCGAGUUUUUGCAGUCGGCUUACCAAACGGUGAUUCAGCAAGUGAGAAAUCGGGGGGCCAUCGAUGA